GGCUGGAAGCUGAGAGACGCAGCUGGCGCCGUUGAGGAGAAGAUAGGCCCGUACGUCAAGAAGGUCAUCCCGUCCUUUGUCGCUGCACACUACGUCUACAUCAUCUCGAUGGUGAUACUGAGCUCGAUAGUGCUGUACCCUGUUAAGAACGCCCCCUACAUUGACAUUCUCUUCUUUGCAAGCGGGUCGUCGACCCAGGCCGGGCUGAAUACCAUCGACCUGAACAAUAUGAAGCUGUACCAACAGAUUACCAUCUAUAUCGUUUGUAUGCUAACAACGCCCAUUUUCAUCCAUGGAUCGCUCUGUGUGCUGCGUCUAUACUGGUUUGAACGGUAUUUCGAUAACAUCAGGGUCAAAUCCAAGCUGAACUUCCAAAUGAGAAGAACCGCAACUUUAGCUGCCAGAACCCAAACAAUGGACAGAUUUCGCAGUAUGGAUUCAACGGUGCCUUUUACAAACCGGCAGAAGGAGGACCUUCACAAGAUUGUGGACUCUUCGUCAUCAUCAGAUAUCGCACCAAUGGAUCCCACUGCCUUCACACAAUCUGCUAUGGAUCUACAUAGAGACGCACAGGUGACCCACGAAUCUGAACCUUCUUCAUCUGAUGAAGAAAGGGUAUCGCCAGAGGAUAGACAGGUCAAAUACUCCAAAUCUGAUGACGAUGGCAAUGAUAAUAACGGUAUUAGAUCUGGAAUCAAUAACAUCAAGUUUGGGUCCCUUCCAAAGCCUAAAAGAGAGCAGUUCGAACCAACGGAUGUUAUGAUGUCCAUCAAAAUGAUGAGAGACAAACCACAAGAAGAUGACGAUGAAGAUGAUGAGAAUGGUCCUGUAUUGGUGGUUAAAGGUCCUGCUGAGAGGGAAAGCUCAAAGCAUAACAGAACUAACUCUCAGGUGCAGUUUUCUUUACAAAAGCCUAAGAAGAUGAGAAAAAGGUCUGGUCUGAGAAGAAGUUUCACUAAUCGUAACUCUAUCUCGGAGUCUGCAGACACAAGUGAUGCUGAGAGCCAAAGAAACUUUUUACAAAGAGCCCAAUCACAUCUCCAAUUACCAUCAUCUGAUUUGAGUGGAGGUGCUAAGUUUGUUAAGAGAUCAAACACCUUGGACCCAAGUAACGAUGAAGAAGCUCAGAUGGGAUUCACACCAGCAUUUGAUCGGAUAAAGAACAAGCUUCCGAGAGGCUUGAGGAGAAGACUUUCUUCAAACACAUUUGACAAUACAUCUCAAGUCCUAGACACGUCUGCAUCUGAUACAGAAGAAGAUGACGAGGAAGAUGAUUCGGACAACAACUCAGACCAUGCUCUGAGGAGACAAAUGUCCGCUCCGUAUCUCUCGUGGGCCCCAACAGUUGGCAGAAACUCAACCUUUGUUAAUCUUUCUCAGCAGCAGAAGGAGGAACUUGGUGGUGUUGAAUACAGAGCUACAAAACUCCUUAUUAAAAUCAUUUCCGUUUACUACGUGGGGUUUCACAUUCUUGGCUUUAUCUUUUUGGUUCCUUGGAUUUUACACACACCUAGAUAUCAGACCCCAGUAAGGGAAUCUGGAACUUCUUUAACGUGGUGGGGAUUCUUCACGAGUAUGUCAGCAUUCAAUGAUUUGGGUUUUACCCUUACUCCAAACUCUAUGGGAUCUUUCAACACUUCACCAUAUGCCUUACUUAUUACAUCAUUUUUCAUCGUCAUUGGUAACACAGGGUUCCCUAUUCUUCUGAGAUUCAUUAUAUGGGUGAUGUUUAAAUUCUCUGAAGACCUGUCUCAAACUAAGGAGUCGUUGGGUUUUUUACUCGACCAUCCACGUCGUUGUUUUACAUUGUUGUUUCCGAGUGGACCAACCUGGUGGUUAUUCUUCAUUCUUGUUCUUCUUAACGCUGUGGAUCUUAUCCUCUUCAUUAUUCUGGAUAUUAAUGCUGAGGUUGUGGAGGAGCUAACUACGGGUCAAAAGGUUCUUGAUGGAUUUUUCCAAGCCAUUAGUACCAGAACUGCUGGUUUCACUUGUAUUGACCUUUCAAGCCUCCAUCCUGCUGUUCAAGUCAGCUAUAUGGUGAUGAUGUAUAUAUCCGUUAUGCCAUUGGCUAUCUCUAUUAGAAGAACUAACGUUUAUGAGGAACAAUCCCUUGGUGUCUAUGGUAAACAAACGGAGGAGGAUGGUGAUGAAAGAAAAGCCACCUCAUUUAUUGGUGCGCAUUUGAGAAAGCAGUUGUCUUUUGACUUGUGGUUUGUGUUUCUAGGUUUAUUUAUCAUUUGUAUCGCUGAAGGUGGAAAGAUUCAAAACCCUUUAGAGCCUUCUUUCAACAUCUUUUCGUGUAUGUUUGAAGUUGUGUCAGCAUAUGGUACAGUGGGACUCUCGUUAGGAUACCCAGGGACAAACCAGUCAUUCUCUGGAAAGUUCGAUACCAUUUCAAAACUUGUUAUAAUCGCAAUGAUGAUAAGAGGUCGUCACAGAGGUUUACCUUAUGCUCUUGAUCGUGCUAUUAUGCUUCCAUCUGCGCAAAUGGAUGCCAGAGAUAGAUACCAAGAUUUACACGCAGGCCAUACUAUUCAACGUUCAGAAACGAUGGGCUCAAGUACAGAU